CAACUUUACUCAAAGGAAAUGCAGGUUUGACAGAUUUCAAUUAAGAGCUUUUGUUCAACGUUAAUUCACGUGCAUUUUAGACGAUCUUGACUUACCGCUUCGUCGAGCCUUUGACAUAAGAAAAGAGGAUUUAAUGGUUUCUCAUUAAAAAGUGAUCCUGGUAGACCCCCAACACCUGCCAUUUACUGUCUUAUAUGUGCUUGGACAGACACGACAUUUGUUCUAACUAUUUGUCAUAUUCCCUUAAUACCAAUUAAUUUGCCAUCCAAGAAAUAUUUUGACGACUCGAGUGUUGGAAAGACAGCUCGGAGAUAGAAGCUGAGGAACAAAAAAGUGCAUUUACUUCUGGUGAUCAGCCAGGUUCUGGAUCUGCAAGUGAUUCCGGAAGCGGAGAGGCACUGAAUGAGGGAGAUGAGGAGGGACAGAAAGUGUUUGAUUUGAUGUCUUCAAUUCCUUACAAAGAAGCUUACAACAUAGAAAAUUGUAGAGAUAACCCAGAUGUUGACUGUGGUGGCAAGACUCGAACAGAAUGUUUGAAAGAUUUUCAUGACAUGGUGAAAGACUGCCCGUUAUCUUGUCAUCUGUGCGCCAAAAAGGGAGGAGGCACUGAUAAAUGCGAAAAUCUUGAUAAGGAUUGUGACAAAGAGGCCAGGAAACACGAAUGUCAACUACUCCCCGACUACAUGAUGCAAAGAUGUAAACGUUCCUGCCAAUUCUGUGGCGCAGAGUCUACGUUUACAGACAAACAUGCCAUUUGCCCAAUAUGGGGAGAACUUGGCUACUGCAAAACAAACUCUGCCAUAGAGAGAGAAUGUCCUCACAGUUGCACGAAGUACAGUUACGUCCAGGCAGCUUCCAAACCAUAUCAGUACCCCAAAAAGGCUCUGCAUCCCUACCAAUUCCAGCCUGGACAGUACCCGAUCCCUCCUCUGUACCCAUAUCCCACACGAUACCCGAGCCCAUAUCCUUCCCCGUAUCCUUACCCAUACCCAUACCCUUAUCCCUCACCGUACCCCUCUCCCUACCCAUAUCCAUCCCCGUAUCCAUCCCCGUACCCAUCCCCUUACCCAUCCCCUUACCCAUAUCCUAUACCUUCUCCGACACCAGCACCGCAGGUAGAGUAGUUUUCUUUUCUUCAUGUGCUAUAGGUCACUUUCUUUAAGAUCACUGUUUUUUUU